UGUGCUACCCUGGUGCAGACCAAGGGCACCGGUGCCUCGGGCUCCUUCAAGCUCAACAAGAAGGCGGCAGCCAGCGAGGACAAAGCCGGCGCCGGGAAGGUGGCAGCGAAAGCCAAGCCAACGAGCGCUUCAAAGAAGCCCAAAAACGCCGCCAGGACUGUGGCUAAGAAGGUCGCGAAGUCUCCGAAGAAGGUGAAGAAGCCGGCGGCGGUGGCCAAAAAGCCCUCCAAGAGCCCUAAGAAGCCCAAAGUCGUCAAGGCCAAGAAGGUGGCUAAAAGCCCUGCCAAGGCCAAGGCGGUGAAGGCCAAGGUGGCCAAGGCAAAGGUGACGAAGCCAAAGACGGGUGCCAAGCCCAAGAAGGCAGCACCCAAGAAAAAGUGA